CCGCAGCCGCCGCAACAGGUAGCAACCACCAAAAAACCACGCUAACCCAAACCUGCAACAUCAAGAGAACUCGUUCUCUGCCUCCCCUCCCUCCUCCCUCCUACUCUCCUUCCUCCUCCUUUCACAAAUCAGAAGAAGCUCGGAUUGGUCUAUCUAGGACCUUCAGCUUCAGCUUCACCUCCCCCUCCCCGUGCCUCUCAACCAUCAUCCUUCCUUUCUUCCCCCCUCCCAACCCCGAUAACCGCGCAUCUCUGUUCUCGUCUUGCCCCACCCCACACCCCGCAACCAAACUAACUGCGACAACCCAACUUCGAGCACCAACCUGCGGUGUCGUCCCAUCCUAUCUCGAAUAACUAGGCUUCACCAGCCUCAUCAUGGGACAGACCCUCUCUGAACCGGUCGUUGAGAAGUUCUCCGACACCGGCGCGGAUGAGCGACUCAUCUACGGCCUCUCUAGCAUGCAGGGAUGGCGUAUCUCGAUGGAAGACGCCCAUGCUGCCAUCCUCGACCUCCAGAACAGCGAUUCGCCGCAGCGGCCGACAACGGCUGAGGAGCGCUUGAGCUUCUUUGGUGUUUACGACGGACACGGUGGUGAUAAGGUAGCCAUCUUCAGUGGAGAGAACAUACACAAGAUUCUCGCCAAACAGGCUGCUUUCGCCGCCGGAGACUUCGAGCAAGCUCUCAAGGACGCGUUCUUGGCUACCGAUAGAGCUAUCCUGCAAGAUGCCCGCUACGAGGACGAGGUCUCGGGCUGUACCGCUUCGGCCGCCUUGAUCACGAACACCAAAAUAUACGUUGCCAACGCCGGUGAUUCGAGGACCGUCUUGGGUGUCAAGGGAAGAGCUAAGCCUCUGUCUUUCGACCACAAACCCCAAAACGAAGGCGAGAAAGCUCGGAUAACGGCCGCUGGCGGUUUCGUGGACUUUGGUCGUGUUAACGGCAACCUCGCGCUGUCCCGUGCUAUCGGUGAUUUCGAGUUCAAGAAGAGUGCCAAGCUCCCCCCGGAGGAGCAGAUCGUCACCGCGUACCCCGAUGUGAUGAUCCACGAUAUCGCGGACGACGACGAGUUCUUGGUUGUUGCCUGUGACGGUAUCUGGGAUUGCCAGUCUUCCCAAGCCGUCAUCGAAUUUGUGCGCAGGGGGAUUGCGGAGAGACAGGAGCUCCACAAGAUCUGUGAGAACCUCAUGGACAAUUGUCUUUCCAAUAAUAGCGAAACUGGAGGUGUUGGCUGCGACAACAUGACCAUGGCUAUCAUCGGCCUUCUCCGGGGCAAGACCAAGGAGCAGUGGUACGACAUGAUUUGUAAGCGCGUUGCCGACGGUGACGGACCGUGUGCUCCGCCCGAAUAUGCCGAAUCCCGUGGACCACGCAAACAAGGCGGGUUCUCAGGCGACAGCCCAGAUGAGUUCGACGACGAGGAGGAAGAAAAGGCCGGAGUCAUCCGCUCGGCGUUACGCUCUGGACGUGUAAUUGUGCUGGGAGAUGGCAGUGAGGUACUCACCUCAGACUCUGCUACCGAUGAAGAGUAUGAUGACGAACAGUUUUCCCAGGGUGAGAAAGACGACGAAGCCUUGGCGAAGGCCCCCAAGACCAAGACGGAGGAUGUCGAGAUGAAGGACGCCGCUGUCACGAAACCCACCGAAAAUGACAGCGAAAAGACGGCAAGCACCAAGGAAGCCGAGACCAAGCAGGUUGGGUCCGCAUAAGUAAUUUCUGGGUGUCUGUGGCUUUUUCUCGUGUUGGCACUGUUUGAAUCCGGCUUUCUUUUCUGUGUGUUUUUUUCCUCCUUUCUGUGGUUUUACUGCGCCAGACAAGUGGAUACUUCUUAGGUGUUGGUGUGGUGUGUGGAAGGGGCCUACACAUUCUUGAUGAAUUCUGCAAGCAAUGAUGAUUUAAACGUGGGAAAGUCACAGGUAGCGGUGUUGUGCCGUGCAAAGUGAUGGAUAGCGAGUUAGAAUCCGAAGCGUUCCUCCGUCUGUUUCAGUAGGUGCUGGUCACCGAACAAAAAGCGGUGAUUCAGGUUCUGUCUGGUCUAAUGGUCUGACA